CCUCCUUGGCUCCCCUCUUCCUCCGGCUGACUCUUUAAGAGGGCAGCCAUCAGGUACGCACUGAGUGAGACCGUCACGCCGAGUGUUAGAGCGCAGAGUAAAUCAGCACCAUGCAGUCAGCGUGGAUAUUGUGUAUCUGUAUAGGUGUAUGUGUAGGAGCUUUGGCUGUGGAUACAGACCCUCCAAAUGCACUGGGGAAAACUACUGAGAAUGGGACAAGCACUGACCUUACGAACGCUCCAGAGGUGGAGACAGCAGUGGAAUAUUCAAGGGAGAAGAAGGCAGCUGAGAAGGCAAAUAAAAGCCCAGUUACGGACAUACAGCAGCCAGUUCUGGGAAGAACCCUGGCAGCGUGGGUAGAGCUAAAUUCCAUCUUGAAAAUGCGAGAUGGGAUUUCAGGUAAACUGAGCACGGUACUGCGUGAGCUCGGAACCGAAAAGAGCCGCCUUCUUGGCCAGCCUAAUGAGCCAGUGAAAAAGACAACGGAAGAGGAUGAGGAAGAGGAAGAAAAUGAUGAUGAUGAAGAGGAAGAAGAGGAAGAAGAAGAAGAAGAAGAAGAGGCCGAAGGAGGGGAAGGAGGUGAAGAAGAAGAAAAUGAAGGAGGAGAGGAAGAACAGGCAGAGGAAGAGGAGAUCGAGGCAGCUGGUAACAGUACUGCAGAAUUACUACCAGAGGGUUGCCAGCUGAAUGAAACCGAGAUUUCCUGUGCAGACGCUGGCAUUGCUGAAUUUCCCGUCAUCAAUGACCUCAAUGUCACCACGCUUGACUUAUCUGGAAACAACUUCACCACAUUACCUACUGAUGUGUUCUCUGGUCUGCCCAACCUGGAAGUGAUCAACCUGAGCAGGAACCUUCUGGAUGACUCUUCCAUCAGCCCUGACUUAUUCAUGAAUAUGACAAACCUAAAAGCAGUGAACCUUGAUGGCAAUGGUCUGGAAACAAUCCCACAUCUGCCAAGUUCUUUGGAGGAGCUGAGAAUCAAUGACAACAAGAUAAACCAAGUGCUUUCCCACAGUUUAAAAGGGUUGUCCAACUUGCUCCACUUGGAGCUGGCAGGGAACAUCCUCUGGGAGGGCAGUGUUGAGCCCUUGGCCUUCGAACACCUCACCACGCUCAAACACUUGAGACUAGACAACAACCGAUUCUCCUCUAUCCCCCCUGGACUGCCCACAUCUUUAGAGGAUUUGAGGAUGCCACACAAUCAGUUGGUCGAGGUACAGGAAAGUGCUUUAAAUUCCUCUGUCCACUUGGCAGCCCUGGAUCUGAGUCACAACCUCCUAAGUGAUGCCAGUUUCUACCCCGGGUGCUGGGUAGAUCUGCCGAAGCUGGAGAAUCUGGACCUGUCUCACAAUCAGCUCAACAUGGUGCCUGCUCACCUGCCCCGAGUUCUGCGACAGCUCUCCUUGCAGCACAACUUCAUCCAGUCCAUCCCUCCCAACACUCUGAGCCACCUGCGGCCAGGCCUCCAGUCCCUGCGCCUCUCUCACAACCAGUUACCCGAGCAGGGGCUACUAGGGAAGGCCUUCCGGGGAGCUUACAAUACUUUGCAGGAGCUCUUACUGGACAACAACAGAUUGGAGAGAGUACCACCGAACAUUCGUUACUUUAGGAACCUGCAUCAGCUGCGGCUGGAUCACAAUCUUAUCAGUGCUGUUCCAGUGAAGUCUGUGUGUAAAAUCAGUCCCAGUAACUCGUCUCCGCUGUUGGCUCUCCACCUGGAGAACAACUACAUCGAUGUGAACAGGAUCCCACGAAAGGCUCUGUCCUGCAUCCCUGACCUUCAGAGGGUCAUACUGGAGCCGCAGACUCAUAAUGAGAUUGUGUAAAACCUCUGCAGAUCACAUCAAUCGAAUCUCAUUCGCUUGUGAUCGAUUCUUAAAAAUCGACUAAUUUGAUUUGUUUUUAUUUAACUAUUUAAUUCAAAGGCAUGAUUCAGGGUACUUAUAUAUUUUUUUAAAGAUACUGUUGCCGCUGUUUUUUUGUGUGUGUAUUAUGGAAAUCUGCUGAUUCCAGUCUUUAUGCCACUGCAGUAUCUUCGCUUCUAAUAACAAAGUGACUUUUUUUUCUGAAGAUAUGCCAGUGCUGUUGUAAUAUUUGUUCAUAUUAAUGCUUUUAUUACAACUCUUUGGCUAAAUGUCUGUGUGUUUGUAACGUGUCAUAAAUACAAAUAUGCAUUUACA